GGUUACCAUUGAGACGUUACAACUCACGUAACAGGGGUUCAAAUUUUCAAGCAAGAACAACUUUCUUCACAUUGCAAAGCGAGUGCUGCAUGAUAACGGUUUAAUAACGGCAAGAUUCGACAUGGCUUGCGUUGGAACUCAUCAGCUUUGGUCUCCGAAUGUUGUUAAAGCUACAAACGUCUUCUACAAAGAGCACAAUGUCACCCGAGAUAAAAGAGGACAAGUUGUCGGUACACGAGGCGGCUUUCGGGGAUGCACAGUCUGGUUUACAGGUCUUUCUGGAGCAGGAAAAACCACAAUCAGUAUGGCCCUUGAGGAUUACUUAUGUCGACAAGGUAUUCCCUCGUACACGUUGGAUGGUGAUAACAUGAGAACUGGACUCAACCGUAAUUUGAGUUUCACCCCAGAAGACCGCGAGGAAAAUAUCCGUCGUGUCAGUGAAGUUGCCAAGCUGUUUGCUGACUCCGGCAUGAUCUGUCUUACUGCUUUUAUCAGCCCGUACGAGCGGGACCGUGAGAAAGCUCGCAAGUUGCACGAAGAUGCCGGUCUGCCAUUCUUUGAGAUUUUUGUGAACACUCCUUUGGAAACCUGUGAAAAGAGAGAUGUCAAGGGAUUGUACAAGAAAGCCAGAGCCGGCCAGAUUAAAGGUUUUACUGGUAUUGACUCAGCGUAUGAGCCUCCAAGCAAACCCGAACUGAAUUUGAAAUCAGGAGAAGUACCUGUAGACGAUUGUGUUCAAGAAGUUAUCAAACUCCUUGCAGACAGGGGGAUCUUGCCAUAUGCAGCUUACAGCGGUAUCAAAGAACUGUUUGUUCCUGAAGAAAAAGUCGAAGAAGCCAAGAAGGAAGCAGAGGAACUACCUUCUGUUGAGCUAACAAAGCUGGAUCUGCAGUGGGUACAAGUUCUUUCUGAGGGCUGGGCUACGCCUCUGAAAGGUUUUAUGAGGGAGCGUGAAUUUUUGCAGUGUCAGCAUUUUGGACUCCUUCUAGACGAGGGCGUGGUCAAUCAGUCUAUUCCUAUCGUGCUCCCUAUUCAGACUGCUGACAAAGAGAGACUGGAGGAUAAAAAAGCCUUAGCUCUCCGAUACGAAGGAAAACCAGUAGCUAUCCUUAGAGAUCCAGAAUUCUACCCCCACCGCAAAGAAGAACGAUCGGCCCGUCAAUUUGGAAUAACGCAUCAAGGACACCCUUACAUUAAGAUGAUUCAUGAAGGUGGUGAUUGGUUUGUCGGAGGAGAAUUAGAGGCACUGGAAAGAAUCAAAUGGAACGAUGGACUCGACGAAUACCGAAAGACUCCGAAUGAACUCCGAGCUGAAUUCCGACGACGCGGUGCCGACGCUGUGUUUGCUUUUCAACUUCGUAAUCCAGUACAUAAUGGACAUGCGUUACUAAUGCAGGACACCCGACAGAAGUUAGUUGACAGAGGAUUUAAAAAGCCAGUGUUAUUACUGCAUCCCUUGGGAGGGUGGACUAAGCAAGAUGACGUUCCUUUACCAGUGCGAAUGGCGCAACAUCAUGCUGUAAUGGAAGAGGGUGUACUGGACCCUGAAAACACAGUUAUAGCUAUAUUUCCUUCACCUAUGAUGUACGCUGGUCCUACAGAGGUUCAAUGGCAUGCAAAGGCGCGUGUAGCAGCUGGGGCAAAUUUCUUUAUUGUAGGACGGGAUCCAGCAGGAAUGCCCCAUCCAGAUCCUAAUCCAAAACGGGACCUUUAUGAUCAUUCACAUGGGAGAAAGGUUUUAACUAUGUCACCGGGUCUUACACAACUAGAGAUAGUUCCUUUCCGUGUGGCAGCUUACAAUACCAAAGAUAGAAGGAUGGAGUUCUUUGAUCCUGAGCGAAAAGAAGAAUUUGACUUCAUAUCUGGUACACGCAUGCGUGCAUUGGCAAGGUCAGGAGAGGAACCUCCAGAUGGUUUUAUGGCACCAAAAGCGUGGCAGAUUCUGUCCAAUUACUAUCGUUCCCUCAACAAGAAUUAAUAAAUGGGUCAUUUACACUUAAUGAACGGUAGCACCCUGCAUUACACUACAAGUUCAGUAAUUACAUUAACGUUUAAGUUUACUCUUUUAAGUCAAAGCAGGAAAUGAUUUUAAGUUUGCCGUGAAUCGAUUUGAAACCUACCAGAGAGAGAAUUUGGUAGGCUAACUAUUGAAAGAAAAUCUAGGAAAGCAAAAUUUCUUACACUUAUGUUCACUUACACCAGAAGUCCUCCUGCUUUGGUAUAGACACCUUUGUAGCAAUCAUUUUCUUUCAGUGUUGGGGUGAUCGUGAAAUUUCUAGAUAUGUGUUUUUAAUCAGCCCUCUUCAAAUCGAUUUGCGUCAGACUUAAGAUUCUCAAAGAACGUCUCCACUGUCAGUGAAGUUGCCAUCAUCAUACGACGAGGAACUUUUCCUUUGGUAUAGUAGAAUAAAUCAGUAGUCCUAUACUUCCCAUACAGUGACUUUCGUUUGCGCUGAAUUUUUAAAGCUCUUUAAAUUAGGUAUAAUUGUUAUAAAGUUACUCGUAGGUAUUGAAAUUAAUUUUUUAAAAAUUUUUACAGAGAUAUUUCGUGGUAAAUUCGUUGCCAAAAUAUCUUGAUAACUUUACGAUGUCUUACUAAAUUUGAAGUAAUGUUCAAUUUUUUCAUCUCGCCUCAGAUGAUCAAGUUUUCUUUUGUCUCUUGAUGACUUCAUCACUGUUAGUGGUUUGCACUCCACCCACCCCUCCCUACUGAGUCAUGUCUCGGUUUUUAUUUUAGAGAACGAUCGCCGGUGUACGACAGUAUUGUAUUCUUUAUAUCCAGUUGUUUUUUCUACAAGCAGCCCAAGUUCGAUAUGUUCGACAGAUGCACGGUCAGCUUUCUAUUUUUGAGGUCAAAUUCCGGAUAGUUGUUUGGUUUCUAAACACAUACAUCUUCUCCAAGCAGAUCUCUCUAUUUCCACUGUUGCGCAAUAACAGUAUAACACACAUGUAGUCAAACAUCGAGCUUGGGCUACCUUUGAUUUUAUGAGGACAUUAAGGGUACAUCAGUUGUGAUUCUUACUAGUAACUCUUAAACCAGGCUUAUUGAGGGUAAAUAUGAGUUGCCACCUUGUGGAAUUGACUCAACUUUUUCUUCUCUGAUAGAACAGAGUUCGUGCGCGCAGAUAGGGUUUCACCGAGUGCGUCCUGUCAGCUGAUAUUACAUUCAAGUUUCCUGCUUGCACUGUAGUAGAGUGGGAUUAAUCCAGAAAUAAAAUCAUUAACCAACGAA